AUGUUGACAUCUGUGAGUUCCACCCAGUUCAUCCCAAAACCAGACUCUGUUUCCCAGUUUGAGAAGAUUUCAGUUCUUACCAAUGCAGCCUUGGAUCCGGCGGGGAACCGCCACAGUCCGCUCGGGCGCCCAGCCUUCGGGCCGGAGACGCUCCAAACGAGCAACUACUCUCUGGUGCUGCUGAUUCAGCUCAGCCUGCUCUCCUUCGACCUCUUCGUCAACUCCUUCAGCGAGCUUCUGAGGGACGAACCGGCUGUCCAGCUGGUGCUUUUCAUAAUCCAGGACAUUUCCAUCCUGUUCAACCUGAUCAUCAUUCUGUUGAUGCUGUUCAACACCUACGUGUUCCAGAUCGGACUGGUCGCCAUAUUGCUGGAGCGGUUUAGAGCCGCGCUAAUGCUCUCUGCUCUCUAUUUGACCUUCAGUAUCAUACUCCACUCCUGGCUUAUGAAUCUACGCUGGCUGAAUACCAACAGAUUUAUUUGGACAGACGGCCUUCAAGUGCUGUUUGUGUUCCAAAGAGUCGCUUCUGUGUUGUACUACUACCUGUACAAGAGGACCUCGGAGUAUCUGGGUGACCCUCGCCUCUAUGAGGAUUCACCGUGGCUGAGGGAACUGUUCGCUCGGGUCAGACAGUGA